ACAAGGAACCAAAAUAAAGAAUUACAAGUAUUAUAGUAAAAUAAGUUGCUUAUUUGGGGAAAAAGAAAGAGAGAUAGGGAGGGCGAGCAAUCCACCAAGAACUCAGAACCUGCAUAAAGAUUUUCGUUCGAUUUUAGUAAAAGUGAACCUUUAGAGAAGAAAUCCCCAAGAUCGAAUUCUUUUGGAAGAAUGUCAAGAGAAAACAUCCACAGAAUCGAAAUCUCCGGUUGGCGAACAAAAGCAACCCCAAGCUCGAAUUCUUGGGAAGAAAAAGAAACAGUUCGGCUAAGAGGAUCAAUAUCAGGAUCUAACGCAAAGCAAUUUUAUGUGCCUUUCAAAAAGGAGCUGUGAUCAGUAAGGCUCUUCAGAUCAUUUCUUUAGAUCAAUGAACCUAAUCUUCGGCUAUACGGUAAACUGACCCACUAAGGAGGUCCUAAGGAAUAGCAGUUGAGUGCCCGCAGUUUUUCAAUUCAAUUUUAUAGGUUUUGGUACUGAUAAGGCUUAAGAUCUGCUAAUAUCAAUAGCUUACAAUUGAUAAUUUUCUUUUAUUAAUCGUUAAUCAAAUGUCGUUCGGGGUUUUCUUGUACCGCUAAGUUAACCAGUUCAUUCAAACAUUCAUUUUUAUAUCUGUUUGUAUCAAGACCCCCAGCAUACUAAGAAAAGACAAUACUUUGGUAAUAUCAUUUCAGGGCAAUGGAUAGGGGGGACUGGGAGAACGUGGAAACCUUGCUAAUACAAGAAGUGUGCAGAUUAUCAGACUGCGAAAGUGAGAAAUCGGAUGAAAAAGAAAUCCCUAAAGUUAAGACGGAAGAGAACCCAGGCGAAUUGCCAGUGGAAGACGUUUCUUAUAGAGAUCACUUUUUCGAAUGUGCAGUGAAAAACGAGCCACUCGAAGAGGACACAUUUGAAGAAGACUACUGUAUGUACGAUUUUCUUGUAAAAGGGGAAGAAUUUGAAGAUGAUUUACCGGGAGAUAAUGCUGACAGAACCCCGCAUAAGUGUCCUGAUUGUGCGAUAGUAUUCCCAGAAAUCAAAGAACUAAAAGAACAUGCUCGCAUUCACAACAGGUGUUCUCUUUGUCCGCGGGGUUUCGCUAGUGCAAAAAAUCUAAGACAACACUUGCGAACGCACACAGGCGAAAAUCCCUUCAAGUGCUUCCACUGUUCGAAGACUUAUAACUUGUGGCGAUGUCUGAAGGCCCACCUGCAAACGCACACGGGAAAAGGAGCCUACAAGUGCAACAAUUGCUUAAAGACCUUUUCUCAGAUUGGAAAACUUAACAGACAUAUCAAAACGCACACGCGACCGCAUGAGUGUCCCACCUGCUCUAAAAGAUUUGGAGACCGUACGAAUUUUCUCAAGCACAUGGAAUCGCAGCAUUUGCGAAAACCCCGCGAAGAUAAACCUGCUAGCUGUGACAUUUGUGCGAAGACUUUUGCAAACAGCACCGGUCUCAAGAGACACAUGCACACGCAUGCGGUGGAUUUGCCCUUUAAGUGCACCCAGUGCCCAAGGGCAUUUGCCAAUAAUACGAAUCUCAGGCGGCACACUCGAGUGGUCCAUGUGGAACCAGGCAAACGCCCGUUUCAGUGCUCCCAAUGCCCAAAGAGUUUCGGAUGCUUUCAGAGUUUUAAUCGACAUCUUAAGCUUCAUACAGAAGAAAAGCCCUUCGAGUGUUCCAAAUGUCCGAAAGCUUUCGCAACCAAAAAAUUACUAGAUACCCAUUUGAAGUGGCAUUUGCCCACAAAAUCUGGGAAUUGUAAACUACGCAUAGAAAUGAAACACUUGCUAAAGAGCUCGGAAAAAGAAGCCUAAUCUGGUCUCUAUUCUCAAAAAAUUGGGGAUUAUACAGACGGGAUGCUACUGUGUAUAUAUUGAAUAGUAAAAAAAAGUUGUACUAGUACUUGUACAUAAAACAAUUUUAUUUUAUAAAUACAAAUAUGUUCCUUUUUGCUAGAUCCUACCAAUAAGCAUUUUAAUUUUUUUGUAAUAUACUGGGAUUCUCGAUAAUUUCAAACUCAAAAUGUUAAAAAUGUUUUCGAUCGAAUAAUAAAUAAUAUUAUUUUCCGAACAAACAGGGAUAAAUAAAAACACCACCAUAAAUGUUUUAUCAUUGUUUUGUAUGUAGGUACACAAGUUUAUUCACUAAUACAUUAGUUUAAUAUUAAUUUAGAUAAAAAAAAACAAAUGCAUAACAAACAUUUAACAGAGUUCUCUUAUUUUUUGCCUAGGCUUUUUCUGGUUUUUGUGUGUAGGUUUUUCUUUUCAAUUUUCUUUUCUUGUUUUCACGUCGAUUUAUAAGUUUACAUCGAACCAUAUAUGCAUCUAAGUAUGUAUAUAUCUGUGUAAAUUGUACUUGGCUCACUUGCAAUUGUUGGUGCACCGUGCUUGGCCAAAAUCCAGCAACUCAUCCGGAUUUAUCUUAUAGCAUAACAACAUUAAACAUCUAUAAAAAGUGUUCGUACAGUAAAUUUAAUUUAACUAUGCCACGCCCCUUGCUUUUGGGCGUGUGAAUAUUUCAAUUUAUAUAUAUAUAUAUACGAAACUAUACCGAAUUAAGUUUACGUUUUAGUUUUAGAUUUACGGGUGUUUCCAUGUGUGUAGUAUGUGUGUGUAUGUAGUUGGUAACAGUCUUUUAUCACGUUUAGUUUUGGGCUAUGCGCGUUACGCACAACGUAUGGUACAUAGGUAUAUAUAGUAUAUUUAAUGUAUAUUACGAUUUAGCCUAAUAAUUGUUUAAAUCCUCCCAUUUACGCUAGUCAUUAUCUUUUGUCAGAGUUUGUUUCCGUUUCCGUCUUCAAUAUUGGAUCUAUUUUGAUUUUUCUUUUAUAUUUGUUCUACAAUCAGCGAUUAAAAAUUCGUAACUUUGAUAAUAAAAUUAAAUGGGUAGCCCAAUUUUAAAAACAUAAUAAAUACAACUUUUUUUUAGCAUUCGAAAACAAACCGGAAACGGAAACAACUACACUUUACACUGGUAACUAGCUCUACAUGCAUGUAAAAAGUCCUCCCUACGUGGUACAUGAAGUUAAAAACAACAAACUGAAUACACAGUGUGUGUGUGUGGGUGCGUGUGUGCGUGUGCUUUGUCAGGCUCACUCAUAGGUUGGGGUUAAAGGUUAUCUAUCCGUAUCUGUAUCUGUUCUGCAGCAGUUACCCAUUAACCGAUGGUCAAUCAUUAACCAUUAGUUGACCAGUUUUCUUCCAUUAAUUUGCUUUCCUUUCGGGACACUACGCUUUCUGGGACUUGAGCUGGCUGCCAGGACAGUAGUUAUCACAUCGAUGAAACCCUUCAGUCAAGAGCCGAUCUAGCUCUCCUUCUUCCUCUCUAGUCCUUGUCCUCCUCCUGGUUUCGAUCCGACUCCGAUGACUUCCGGUUGCCGGCCUUGUUCUGCAACUGCACCUCGUACUCGCUCUUGAUGUUCACAUACAGCUCGCUUUGUUUCUGGUGCUCCUGCUGCAAUGGGAUGGGAAAAUAUAUAAGAUAUAAGGUCUUAUGCAAGGAAAUUGUAGCUGAUUUGUUUCCUAUAUGGUAUUAUAUUUCAUCUAAUAAGUAGUCUGAAUAUCAUAUUCAUGACGUGUCUAGCUUACCAUGAUCUCAUCGAAUCGCUGCUCGGCAUGGGGCAACUCGUAUCGCUGGCUCUGUUCCCGCAAGUUCCUGGCCUGGUUGAGUUGUUGGGUCAGAUUUCGGCCGAUUUGGUCCAGAGAUGUGUGUAGCACGUGCUCGAUCUCUGCGGGGAAAUAAUUCAUCGUUUGUGUAUCUACAUCUUGGUUUCUUAAUUUCCCCAACAAAACAAAUACUCUUCAUUUAACAAUCUCACUUUACAUUACUAACAGUUAACCAAUAAAUAACUGGAGGUUAAAAAAAGUCUAUUAAUAAGUUCAGAAGUAAUGAAUAUCAGUUACUCAACCGUCUACUAAGUUCUAAUCAGUCAGCACUUGACCUUAAACCUUUUAUAAUUAAACUACAAGUUUGCCAGUUUUUAACCGCCAGUUAAACACUAUGGGAUCCUUGUGUCUAGCCCCGUAACUCACCAGUGCUGGGUAUAAAGCGGGACUUUACAUUACUAGCAGUUAACCAAUAAAUAACUGGAGGUUAAAAAAAGGUUAUUAAUAAGUUAAGAAGUAAUGUAUAUCAGUUACUCAACCGUGUACUAAGUGCCAAUCAGUCAGCACUUGACCUUAAACCUUUUAUAAUUAAACUACAAGUCUGCCACUUUUUAACCGCCAGUUAAACACUAUGUGAUCCUUGUGUCUAGCCCCGUAACUCACCAGUGCUGGGUAUAUAGCGCCGCUUGGCGAUCCUUUCCUCGGUCUCGGCCAGCACAGUGCUGCUCCUCUUCAGGGCGGACCCAACGGCCUGGGGAUCGGGCGUGGGUGGACCUUGACAGAAGUCACAGGGCGCAUGGGAUUCGCUGCAGGUGCAACUGCCCAGGGAGCUAGGCGACUUGGCCGCCGACCCAUGGACAUUGCGCAGAUGUUUAGCCGCCGUCACAUUGACCACACUGAUGCUCUUCGAAAUCGAGGACUUCACGGAGGAUGUUUCGGGUGGAACCAGUGCCAGGGGUGGUGUCUUGGAGCUACCUUGUCUGUGGGAGGAUAGAGCCGAGGAACCAUGAUGCGACCGACCAUGAUGGCUGCCAUAGUGAUCGCCGUGCUCUAACAUGCUGCGCGACCCAUCAUCCUGAUCAUCAUCGUCGUCCUCGUCGUCGUCCUCAUCCUCCGCCUCGUCAUCCUCAUCGCCCUCAUCAUGACCGCCAUCAUCCCCGGACUUUUGCAGAUUCUGGAUAAGCCGCAGCACAGCCUUCUCCAACAGAGCCGGAUGCUCGGAGGCCGGCACAUCGACGGUCGACUGCGGUAUCUGGGUGUUUAUGAUCACCGAGAACUUCUUCUUCAUCUCCUGGACCCGCCGUUUGCCCUCCUCCUCGCCCAGCAGCGUGUUUACGCAGACAAAGGAGUGCACCUUGUUCGUCUCCUUGUCGAUCUCCAGGUAGCCCUUCGAUUGCAGGUAGAUGAUGUUGCCGUUUCGGGUGAACAGUCGGUAGGUGGACUCGCCAUACGAACUAUUGCAGUCGUACACUAUGGGAAAUAGUAGAUGAGAUCCAUCAGUGAAAAGGUAUAUACUAUAUAUAAUGGUAUAUCCCAACUUACUUUGCCGCAGGGCCACGAUCACCCAGCGCACAUCGUCGUUGUGCAUGAAGGUGAACGGACUGAGAUUGCGCACCUCCUCCGUCAUGUAGCCGGCCACGAUUCCUAUCCUUUGAUCGCAGUCGAUGAUCCUGCCGUCGAUCAGGUGGCGGGUCCUAUACUCCAGCGUGUUGGCAUCGAUCAGGCGACUGGCGAUCUUCGGCGGACGGAUAAUUCGCGCACAGGCUGUCAGAAUCUGAAAGAGGAAAUACUGGGUAUUCCAUGUGUUAUACCACUGGCAAUUGCCAAUACAGCGAUUUGUUGGCCUUGAUUGAGUUAGCGCAGUGCACUGCACCCUUGCACUUGACGUCGAAUUGUUGUUGCUGCAAUUGGCCAGGGAAUGUUGGUUUUGGCCACUCGAGCCGUCUACUUUUUAGCCAAUUCCAAGUGCCAUUUACCUGCACACAGGUGAAUGCUAUCCGCGGGUGUGUGACUGUUUGUUUACUCAACUUGUUGCAUUCGCCGCUGAAUGGAGAAUCGAACUACACUUGUAAAACCGAAACAAAUGCCUCUAGUUGUUAUUAAAUUGUAAGUAUAGAUAUUUUCUAAUUUGUUAAUACUAGAAUGUUUCAAAUGGAAAAGGGCAAUAGAAGUUCAUCGCCAUUCGAAUGAAUAGUUAAUACAAUUAUUAAAUUUAAACAAUGUUUGUAAUACACUGCGUAUGAUUGAUUUAUCACGGUAAUAUCCUGCAGAAAAAUCAAUAUAUACUUUAAUCGCCUUUCAAAUAAAUUGUAAAUACAAA